GUUAAUUGAAACCAAUGCAAUGUCUGUUAUAAUGGACAUCACAUUUAUGCUCAACGGUAUCGCAUGUGGCAAAUGGUUUCGACACCAAUUGGACGGCAAUCGGCACAAAACGUUUACACAAAUUACGACACUGCUUCUCAGCAUCAUGGUCGCUUUGAUCAAAUCGAGAUAUAAAACAGUUCAAAUUAAACCAUUCACCCAUUGUGUCCCAUACCUGGCCGGCCUAUUAUACGGCUAUUUUGUCCUCGAUAACCAGCUUAAUAAACACAUCCGCGCCCACCGUUUGUGGCCGACAAUCAUCGCCGGGUCUACAGCUAUAAUGGCGGUGAUUAGCGGCGGACUAAUGCCCGGUGCUGUACACUCGCAGGCGCUUAUGGCCGUCCAUAUGGUGUAUACCGGGGUUUACGCCGUAAUCAUCGGUUUGUCGGCCAUUAUAUACACCGACAGCCAUAACACCAGUCUAUGCAAGCGUUUCCUAUCCAGCCGUUGGUGGCGACCCAUACGCUCAUUAAGU